AUGUCGUUUGCUGAAUUUGUCAUUGAGUUGAAAAGCGUUACACCUUCGAUGGUAGUAGCCUUAGAAGAUGAAGUUAAAGCUAUUGGAGAUUCGUCAUUACUCUUUCAGGAAUUGACUUUAGAUCUAAGGAGUGUGACAGCUUUCGAUCUUGAAUCGAGUGAUUUAUUCGCCAACCAGACAAUUGAUCAGGAUUCAGAUUUAGUAAACCGUCUUUCUCACUCCAUGAAAAAAGUAAUCUUGAAACUUGCGUGA